CCCGCCCCCGCCCACCGCCCCAGGAAGCGCAGGGCUUUAGCGCCCUGCCCGCCGCCGCCAUGCAUUGUGGGGCGGCAGCAGCAGAGCCAAGAUGGCGGCCAGCAGGAGGCUGAUGAAGGAGCUUGAAGAAAUCCGCAAAUGUGGAAUGAAAAACUUCCGUAAUAUCCAGGUUGAUGAAGCUAAUUUAUUGACCUGGCAAGGGCUUAUUGUUCCUGACAAUCCUCCAUAUGAUAAAGGAGCCUUCAGAAUCGAAAUCAACUUCCCAGCAGAAUAUCCAUUCAAACCUCCUAAGAUUACAUUUAAAACAAAGAUCUAUCACCCCAACAUCGAUGAAAAGGGGCAGGUUUGUCUGCCGGUAAUUAGUGCUGAAAACUGGAAGCCAGCAACCAAAACUGACCAAGUAAUCCAGUCCCUCAUAGCACUGGUGAAUGACCCACAGCCCGAGCACCCCCUCCGGGCUGACCUAGCUGAAGAAUACUCUAAGGACCGUAAAAAAUUCUGUAAGAACGCUGAAGAGUUUACAAAGAAAUAUGGUGAAAAGCGACCAGUGGACUAAAAUCUGACACAGUUGAUGUCAGCACCGUAUGACAGAAGAUCGGAGCAGUGCAUUUGAGACACCCCGUAAAGCAGGACUCUAUGGAAAAUUGACAAGUGCCACCUUUUGGUGUUAACUUGUGGCUGUUACUAACUUUCUACAGUUUUCUUAAUCAAAAGUGGGCUAGGUAACCUGUAAAGAAAGGAUUAAAAUUUAAGAUGUUAUAGUUCUGCUUUCUUUGUUUAAAAAUCACUGCUUCAAUAUACUUUAAAGUAUGCUGUUUUCUUUUUCUUGUCAGAAAUUAUCAAAAAUAUCUUAGACUUAUAUUCUGCCCUUAAAUUGAAAAGGUUGUGGCUGUCAUUUCUUAUUUUUUUCCUUGCAGUUCCCACUAUCUUAAGAUCAUUUAAUUCUUCAUUGAAUUUUAUCCGCCUCCCCAUACUGAUGUCUUAGAAAAAAAAUAGCCCAGUUCUGGCAGAAAAUGAUUGAGUGUUUGGCAGUUUUGUUUACUUUUCUUUUUAAAUGUUGCACUGUGCUCUGUGGGACUUGUUGCAAGUUCCCCUUAACUUCAGUUUGUAACAUAAUAAACAACAAACAAACCCACCCCACAAAAAACAAUCAGAAAUAAUGUCCAGGUCUUAUGUAAAUCUGGCUGAUGUUACCACAAAAUGUUUAUUAAACGGGGAAACCCAAGUUUUUGUCUGCGUCAUUGAAUUAAAAUAUGGCUUAUGUCCUGCUUCUGGAAAACUUUGGGAAAAAAUUCUGUAGCCCACGAGUAGUGGAAUGUGAUUCCAAACCUCCCUCGCUUCUGUCCCUAAUCCCUGCGCAGAGCAGCUGGGGAACGUGCACAGGACAACAUUGCAGCAGCUUGGGACCCUCUCGGAAAUUGGGGACCAAGAGGUACCAAAGUGAUAAACAGUUUUUUGAGUUAAAAAUAGGUGUUUUGGAAAUGCUAAUUUUGAAUCCUAGUACUCAAUCUGACAGCGCUGCUUGUCAUCUUAGAGCAUUUUUCCAUCAGAACGUGUAUGAAACCUCUGUGUGCUGUGGGAUGGCACUCGUGCCCCUUCCCUGCCCCGCUCUGAAAAUGGUCUAAGAGGAGCAAGCAACGGCUGAAACAGAGCUCUAAACCACACAGGUCAGACAAUUUAACGAAGGCUUCAAGCACUGUUCUGAGCCCCAGGGCACCCCGAGCCCCCUGAGGGGAGCGCCCUGUGCUGUCUCUUGCUUUCCCCCUGCCUUCUCCCUGCUCCGGAGCUGACCCCCAGCAAACUGCCACACAGUCAAACUGCCCCGGCCCCGCUGGGGCACGGCGCUGAGCAAACACUUCCCUUUCCAGAAACCCAGUUCCUUGGGAGCACGUAUCAUUUGGAUGUGCAGGACACUGAGUUAGGAAAUCCCUCGCACCCAGGUGUUGUCUCUGCUCCUGAACUCGGUUUCCGUGCAGCCUCUGCCUUUGCAACUUCCCCAACCGGUGUGUGGAGCGUAGGGCUCUCUGGGGUUUAACGUCUUGUGUAUUUGCCCUUCCUUCUUCAUCCCUCUCCUCCAGCUUUCAGUUCUGAUUUAGUGUAAACGAUGACAGCCCAGUACCUCACCUCUGUUGAAAGUAAAUUUUUUUUAUAAGUUAGGGAGCUAAGAAAUUUUAUGUUUAAGUGUUCUUAGACAGAUUCUUUGGCAGGUAAAUAAAGUCAAACCACAUUCACCUUAUUUACGAAAACUUGCAUUUCCUGAGUGUUUUCAGGCUUGUGAGAGCACUGUCUAUUACCAAAUUUUCACAUCUUUGUGUCUUCAUUUGCAGAAAGUUGGUACUGAUUUUGUUUCAUUCACGCUCACUCAGAUUCAUAAUAAAAUAAUGCCAAAUUAUCUGUCAAA